AAAAUAAAAUCCGAGGUUGAAAUUCCUAAAAACACAGAGAAUAUCCUCAAAUUGAGAGAAGAACAAAUAGAAAGACUGUCUGGACAAAUUGAUUCACUUAAUGAAUUAUAUCACAAGCAAGUGGAUAAUAACAAGAAAUUAAUUUCUGAAUUGGAAGAACUAAAUAAAAGUGUUCUUUAUUUAAAUAAUAAAAUUCAAGAAGAAAGGAAUAGCAGAGAACAGAUGAAAAAAAAACUUAGGUUUUAUAAAAGAUAUAAUCGGAAUAAAAAAAAGUUCAAACUCAACUUUGACGUUUUAAAUAUUAAUAAGGAUGAUAUAAAAGAAAUGAAAGAUGAUGAAAAAGAGAAGGAAGAUAUAUGCAUUUCUAUUUUGUGUCUUCUUAAGACUGAACUUGAAAUUAUUGAUGAUGAGAAUAAGAAGAAAAGAGAAGAAGAUGAUGAAGAAAAAGAAAAAUUAAAAGUAAAAAGUAACAAUUUUUUUAAAAAAUUAUUUGGUUCGAAUUAUAAACAUAAAAAAUUAGGUCUUCUAGAAAAUAUAUCAAAGAAACAAUUUUUUUCAUUUUAUGAAAAAGCAUUCACUGAAAAUAAUAAAAUAAAAUUUGACAAAAAACAAUUUUUCUUCUUUCCAUCGAAUAUUAAAAAAAAAAAAAUGAACAAGAAAUAUGAACACAUACAUAAUGAGCUAAAAUAUAAUAUUCAUAUGAAAGAAAUACAGAAGAAGGAAAAAAAUAAUAAUGAUAAUAAAAAUAGUAAAUGGAAUUAUCUAACGAUGAAUAAUAUUUAUUUUUAUAAUAAUUUCAAUGAUAAUUUUGAUGAAGAACCUGAUCAUAAAUUUUAUGAUAAUAAUAAAAAUUACGAGGGAAGGAACAGUAUAGAUGAUUAUGUUUUUUUCAAAAAAUAUAAUAACAUUAAUAGUGAUCAUAUUGUAUUUACCAAUAUGAUUGAAAAUAAUACGAAAAUUAGAGAAGACGGAUCAAAUAAUAUAAACGAGGAAGAAAAAAAAAAAUGA